GCGGCCAUACUGGCCGCAACGGACCCGGGAUCUGGGGCCGCGGCGCUGCGGCCUCGUGGGCAGACCGGAGCAUGGACAGCCUGUUCGUGGAGGAGGUGGCGGCCUCCCUGGUCAGGGAGUUCCUCAGCAGGAAGGGCUUAAAGAAGACAUGUGUGACCAUGGACCAGGAACGCCCACGCUCUGAUCUCAGCAUAAACAGCAGAAACCAUCUCCGAAAGGUUUUGCAUCUUGAAGUUCUCUACAAGGAGAACAAGGCAAAGGGAAAUCCUCUAAAAACAAACCUUGAACUUAUCACCAGAUAUUUUCUGGAUCACUUUGGAAAUACUGGUAACAAUUUUACUCAAGAAACACUAGUCCCUGCACUCUCAAUACCAAAGAAAAGUAACAAAUUACCAUUGAGAUGCUCAGAGACCACGCUGGUAAAUAUAUAUGACCUUGCAAAUGAAGAUGCGAGUUGGAGAACAUCAUUGUCAGAAACAAGCAAAGCCAGACACGACAAUCUCAAUGGGGAUGUACUUGGUAAUUUUGCAUCAUCCAAAAGGGCCUCCCACAAAAGUAAGCCCUUGCAGACUGUCCCAGGUGAAAGCCCUCCUGUGGCUCCUGCUUGGGAGAAGAUGGACAAGCUUCAGUCAUCAGAGCCUUCCUUGGACACGAAGAGGAUGGGAGAGAAGAUCAGGCCAAAGUCUGGCCUGAUUGUCCGAGGCAUGAUGGCCGGGCCCAUCGCCAGCUCCCCACAGGAUUCCCUCCGCAAACGAUCGCUGAGGCAGUCCCCGGCCUUGAGCAGCACGACACAACCCCACGAGGAGGGGAGCCUACAAGCGCCCGAGCUGUCUGCUCACAGCCCAGCCUGUCCCCCGCCUGUCCCGCAGGAGGGCCCGGCUUCCAGCACCACCUCCACCCCCAGGAGCACCCUGGGCCUGCUCAGCCAGCUGACCCUGGAAAAGUGGAGACCCUCGCCCAGCAGCCCUCCUCACCUGCCAGGAAAAGGGCUUUCCCAGAGCGGGAGCGACUGGUGGAGAGACCUUUCAGAGGACAGCCCAGCCGUGGACAGUGGCCUAGAGGCCAACAGGACCGCCUUGAAUUUCUCCUUGUCCAGUGGGAAUGCCCCGACGACCCAGGAGAGGCUGGAAAGAGUGUUCAAACGGCAGGGGAGCCAGCCGCCGGCCCUCAGGAGUAAUCAGUUGUCAGCAUCCAACAAGGUCGAUGGGGAGCUGGGUGUGCUGCAGCUUGAGGAUGUGGAGGAUGAGUUGGUAAGGGAAGAAGUCAUCCUGUCUCCAGGCUCAUCAAUGCUCAAGCUACAAGUAGAGUCAAAGCCCAUCGACCUCUCAGUGGCAAAGGACAUAAAGACCAUUCUGUUUGGUUCCAGCUUUUGCUGUUUCAAUGAAGAGUGGAAACUUCAGAGUUUUUCCUUUAACGACUCAGCAUCAUUAAAAUUUGGCAUCGUGCAGAACAAGGGUGGUCCCUGUGGGGUUCUGGCAGCUGUCCAAGGCUGUGUCCUACAGAAACUCCUGUUUGAAGGAGAUAGCGGAGCUGACUGUGCUCGGCAGCUGCAGCCUUCAAACGCUCGUAGGACCCGCUGCCUGGCCCUGGCCAUCGCGGACAUUGUGUGGCGGGCUGGAGGCCACAAGAGAGCCGUGGUCACACUGGCUUCGAGAACACAGCAGUUCAGUCCAACCGGGAAAUACAAAGCAGAUGGAGUCUUAGAAACACUCAUACUCCACAGUUUGACCUGCUACGAGGAUCUGGUGACUUUCCUUCAACAGAGCGUCCAGCAGUUUGAAGCAGGCCCCUACGGAUGUGUCCUGCUCACCCUGUCGGCCAUCCUGUCCAGGUCCACAGAGCUUGUCCGCCAGGACUUCGACGUCCCCACCAGCCACCUGAUUGGAGCACACGGAUACUGCACGCAGGAACUUGUCAAUCUGCUCCUGACCGGGAAAGCCGUGUCCAAUGUUUUCAACGACGUGGUUGAGCUCGAUUCUGGGAACGGGAACAUCACGCUCCUCAAAGGCAUCGCCGCACGCAGCGACAUCGGCUUCCUGUCCCUCUUUGAACACUACAGCAUGUGCCAGGUCGGCUGCUUCCUGAAGACCCCCAGGUUCCCCAUCUGGGUGGUGUGCAGUGAGAGCCACUUCAGCGUCCUCUUCAGCCUGCAGCUGGAGCUGCUGCGAGAUUGGAGGACCGAGAGGCUCUUUGACCUAUACUACUACGACGGCCUGGCCAACCAGCAGGAGCAGAUUCGGCUGACCAUCGACACCACCCAGCCCGUCCCUGAGGACAGAGACAACGACCUCGUUCCUCCCCUGGAGCUGUGCAUCAGAACCAAGUGA